AUGCCGGACGAUCGCAUGGAUCCACAUUACACUUGGCCCCUGGUUUUGUUGACCGAUUUGUGUACAUCGAGCCAAGCGAAGCUUAGUAGGCUGGUGAAGUCAACACUCGAGGACAAUCUCAAGUCUCAUUUCAACCGGUAUUUUGGGACAUCUACCCAAGCCGAAAAUGACACUCACAAUGCCAAUGUCAAUGUCCGUGUAUGGUCACCACCUGGUCGCCUUCUAGAGUCUAUUGCCAAAGGAGGACCACGUCGCGACAGUCAAAGCAAUCUCUAUGCCCUUGCUAUCCUAGCAUACCGGUCGGGUCGGCCAAGAAUCAUCGCGGCGGAUGAAACGACCAAACGUCAGCUGUCAGGGAGAUUUCUCAGAGAUCGUGAUCUAUAUUCAACAAGGGAAGGAGGACGCAUCUCGGUAAUUCUCUUAUCCACACAGAGGGAUCCCGACUCGGGUGAAUGUUCUGUUUUCGCAAGACGUGCCGUGUGCUCCCCACAAGAAACCAUGUUCAAUCUCGACGACAUAGACUAUAUAUGGAGGGAUGAUGAUCCUCAAGCAGAGCCGUUCAAAUCCGUUCACAAAUCAUGGGGACCCUUGUGGGCCCAUGGCCAAGGAUGGAGGGGAACCAUGUUACAUGAUCCGGAUGAAGAACCGUUCAAGUUCGGGACAGCAGAUAUUCUAGGAAGAGAGUACUAUGCCAAAGCCGUGACGACUGCUUUCGGUCGCUAUUUACCCACCGAGCUGGCCAUCCAGAUAUCCAAUACGAACAGCCUCCCGAUCAAGAUGCCAGUAUGGAACCGUCGCCCCAGCAAGACACAUCUAGUCAUCUUCCUCAUGUAUCCUGCAACAUCCCAAGAUUUGGGAAACACGUACCAAAAGCUAGUGGAGGCGGUUCCGACAAAGUUUCUCCACACCCGCGACAAGUUUUCAACAACAAAUUUAGAUAAGGGACUCGCAUUAGAGACCGAGGAAUGGUACACCGAAGCCCGCAUGACACUGGAACUUGUUCCGUGGGAUAAGCACCGCAUGAAGACCCGUCGAGAUCUCGUCAACUUUUGGAAUGAAUAUCGUGUCUGGGAUGCUCAAUUGGGGAGGAACGAACAUGGAACCAUGCCUUUGCUCUAUCUCCGCAGACCACUAUCUGCUCUGGACGAGGCGCAGUUUGGCGUUCUUACCUGCAAGCCCCUUAAGACAAAUCCAUUAUUCAUGCUGAAAAUGACGUUCUUGGAUAUUUGCACUGACAUGGAAAAGUUUGGCUGUGUGCUUCAUUUCAUUACUUCUGAGGUUCACUCUCGCGACAAAGGUGCCAAAGAGAUACUCUGCCAGCCGGAUGAACCGUUCUUUGUCGAUCCACCUCUCUGGCUACCUAUCAUCACGACAAGUUGGGUCCGAGCCGUGGUCUUCCUCACGAACCAGUUAAGCAAUGCCGCAAAACAGACAUUGGAACAGCUUAUUGUGCCACCCAUUGACGUGGAUUCUGACGGCUCCGAUUACGAUUUCCAAGAUGGACAAUUAUUCCCCGAGUAUUCGACCGUACCUUGGCGUGAGAACGCAGCUAUGAUCGAUGGAAAGGUGGACGAUAUCUGGGAGCUCGUUCGGACGCUUUACGUGUAUCCUAAGACGGCUGAACGAGGCACAAUAUCCUUCGUUUGUGUGGAUCGGCAAUUUGAACUUGAUCAAUCGGUCAUUCUGGUUCAAGCAGAUGAGUGGGAUUCUGAUCUGGAGCAUGAUUUACUCCAAGACUUGCCCUUCCCGCGCUUGAGAGGGUUCAAGUAUACUCGUGCCUCCGCUGAGUUGGCAUAUUUUGAGAACUAUAACAGAGUCAAUAUUCAUGCAGUGAAUUAUCUUUGGUCAAAAUAUCGAAGACAUGGAUGGCCGGCACCUGGGAUAUUGCCUGAUGACCCUGUAGAAGAUAUAGACUAUGUUGAUAGGAGCGCUUACCCUUGA